AGCGCAUACACCAUGUCUAGUCGGCAGCGAAAGGAUGAGAUUGUGAUACAAAGCCCGGGUCUGCAGUGACUAUUUGCGUUGUGGUUAUUAAUAUUACAAGGGUUACAUUCGCCCUCCGCAACAAGAGACGAUACUUCCCCGCCAGACAGCCGUUAGUUGUGGCGUCGCAUCCACCGUUGCUGCUAGCUAAGUGUGGAGCGGUUAGCUGGACGACGCGCACGUCAACAAGAGCUAACAACGUGAGGUCGGGAGAGAAAACCAUCAGUGGUCUUGUUUGAAGGCAAUCCUGUGAUUACAGGAGCACCAGCCGUCUGCAUAUGCGGCCCCACUGGGCUUAUCCGGGCCCCGAGAAAACGAGGAGGCGGAGGUUACUCAGCGAGCUGUGAGAUCUGUGUUCGCUCUCCUCGGUGUCGCUGUCCACGUCGCGUCUCGUCUCUGCGUCUAACGUUGCCAGCUGAGCUAGGCCACGUCCCCGCGGGAGGAUUUCAUCUCACCCACUGACGUUGGACGAAUUGCAGAGACUGCCCGAUGUGCGGAAGGAGAUUAAGGCUCAGUUGCGAUGUGAAAAGUCGUGAACGUGCAUGACCGUCCGUCUGUGUAGUGGUUUUCUCCUUCCUCUUUUUCUUCUUCUUCCAGAGCGGUUGCCGCAUACACACGGCAUGUCACGUAGACGGAUGUGUUUUACAGCGGGAGACUCCUCUCAUCGGGCUCUGUAGGUUGCGCUCACAACCUGAAGUAACGUCCCACUUUGUUUUGGAAAUGGUCGGGUUCGGUGCAAACCGACGGGGAGGCCGCAUCCCGUCCUUCAUCCUCAUCUUCCUGAUGUUGAUCAUCGCCAUCCUGUCGUUUAACUACUGGACGGUGACCAGCAAGCACGGCCGCUUGCUGGAUGAGCUGGCGGAGGUGCAGGCGCAGGUGAAGCGCACGGACGCGGCGCGCAGUCGCCUGGAGAAGCGCAACUCGGAGCUGAUGGUGCAGGUGGACAUGCACAGGAAACAGAUCGACCAAAAGGAUGGAGAAUACACUGUGAUGGAGGGCAAGCUGCAGGCCCGGGAGGCUAUCAUCAAAAAGUGCAGUGACGAAAAGAUGAAGGCACAGGGUGACGUCACCGCCCACAUGACAGAAUUCCAGCGGCUGAAAGAGCAGCUGAAGGAGAUGAAGCAGGAGUUUAUCAAACAGGAAGAGCAGCUAAGAGAAGUGAAGAAAAACAGCACUACCUUGGAUCGAAAACUGGAGUACGAGAGUUUACAGUGUGGCCGUCAGAUUGCACAACUUAAGGAAGAGUAUGAAGAAACAAAAAAGACCCUGGAGGAAGAAGCAUCCAAGCUAAGACAGAGUGUGAUGGACGGCCAAAAGGGAGCAGUGGCGGGUUUACAUGCAGAGGGAGCAGCCGGGGUGGAUCUGGUUGGAGAGCGCCAUACUGUGGCCACUCGCCAGCACGACAGUCCAGAUUCAAAAGAAGAGAUGGGUAAGCCCGGCAGUGAUGCUGGCAUGCCUGGUAUUGAAGACAGUGAGGUGGGAAAAAUUGAGGAAGUUCAAUUCGCCUUGAAGAAACCAGCCAUAACUCAGAAGCACAAUGAAGUCCCUGAUGCUGUUGUCGGAGCUGGUGCCGGCCCCGGCCCCGGCCCUGGAGUCGGGGCGGCCGAUGGCCCCGGGGGCCAGGGCCUGUCCCUGGACCAGCCCGGGCUGCAGCAGGACAGAGUGGAGGGCCAGGCAGUCGUGGUUGCACCUCCAGGCAUCAACAAACAGGCAGGCAAACCCAUGGUGUUUGAAGAAGACAACAAGGCCGGGAUGAAGGCCGACGAACUGGGAGAACAGCAAAGACAGAUUCAAGCUCCUGAUCAUGUCAAGGGUGACCGUGACCACUUGAAGGCGAUUCCUCUGCCCCCCAACCCCGCCCAGGUGCCCAACCCCAUCCAGCCCCGCCGUGCCGAAGACCAAAUUCAAGCAAAGCCAGUUCGCCACCGUCAAAGCCGGUUCUUUGAUGAGAACGAGUCCCCAGUAGAUCCGCAACACGGCUCUAAGCUAGCGGACUACAAUGGGGAUGAUGGGAACGUGGGUGAGUACGAGGCCGACAAGCAGGCUGAGCUGGCCUACAAUGAGGAAGAGGAUGGUGAUGGUGGGGAGGAAGACGUUCAAGAUGAUGAUGAUCGAGACAUGCAGGGAGACCGAGCUGUGGAUUAUGGGAAAAGACAUCAAGCCAUUGACAUUCUUUGAAUGGGAACUUGUACAGCCGUAACCAGUUCAAAAUAUUGAGACUCCUUGACAGCCGAGGUCUUUACUUGGGAAAAUAGUUUGAACAUUAUUCUGUUGAAGAAUGUAUAGGGUUCAUCCUCAAUGUCACGGACUAUUUCGAAAAACAGACAUUGCAACUAAUGAAUUAAUUCUUAAUAAUGUACCACAAUACAAAGGAAAAAAAUCAUGGCGUUGUCCUGAGCUGCCGUUGAUUUUCUACUGGUUCUAAGUUAUGGCAGUAAGUCUGAUAUCAUGGACACUGACUGUUGAGUUUUGUUAUUUGAUAACUGCCUCAGUCUAGAACUGAAGAGCCCUGUUCACUCGCAGCUAAACUUCAAGGUCAAACUGUGUUUAGUUUUUUUGCUACUUUUCUUUACAGGUUGAUGUUGCUUGAUGUAAACAAACUCUUUGUCUGAGAUGUUUAUCAAAUAGACUAAUCCAGCAUUCUGCCUUUCUAACAUAGUUUUGGGACUUAACGUGGAAGACUUUUCUGUUUGUUUACUGGAGUGGGAAUCCAUUGCAAAUGCCAAGGACUUCACUUCUGGCCUAUUAAAUCAAUUCAUUUUCUUUGUGACACAGUCAGAAGUGCUCCUUUUUGUUUGUUUUUUCUAUGAUGCCAUUGCAUGCAUUUGAAACUUUUUAGUAAUUUACUGCGCAAAAUACUGAUGCUUAAGCAAUACUUAGAGCUAUGUUAGUAUCCUCCAGUGUGCAAAGAUUAACCAAGCACAUAUAGAACUGACAUACUGUACACAUGCUUCCAGUAAUGAGGUCUCUCCUUACACAAUGUAAAUGAACCAUUACCAUUUGUACCAAGGAAACUUAAUUAUCCACCUUUUUAUUUAGAGAAAACUGUAAACAUGAAAUCAGUUCUGUUUGUGCAGCCAGCAACAUUGGUUUCUCGUGGGAAAGGCACAUUGAAUGUAAUUUGAUUUGAUUAAAGGUAAUGCUUCAU